GCAACAGUAACAGCAACAGCAAUAGCAAUAGCAAGCACAAUAGCAAUAGACGAACCCCUCCAUGGAACAGCCUGCACCUACACCAGCUCCUGCUCCUGGUCGUCCUGGCCUGCAGCUGCUCCUUGCCGCCUUCGGCGCAGGCAUUACGUCUCACGAAUGGCGGCAGCAGCCUCAGCAAGAGUGCGGCCGCCAACAAGGAGCAGCUUAACAUCGGCCUCAUCGCCCCCCACACAAACUUCGGGAAGCGAGAGUACCUGAGGAGCAUCAACAACGCCGUCACGGGGCUGACCAAGACGCGCGGCGCGAAGCUAACCUUCCUCAAAGACUACUCCUUCGAGCAGAAGAACAUCCACUUCGACAUGAUGUCCCUGACGCCCAGUCCGACAGCUAUUCUGAGCACCCUGUGCAAGGAAUUCCUUCGGGUGAACGUCUCAGCCAUCCUGUACAUGAUGAACAACGAGCAGUUCGGCCACAGCACCGCCUCGGCCCAGUACUUUCUGCAGCUGGCUGGAUAUCUGGGGAUACCGGUGAUCUCAUGGAACGCGGAUAAUUCGGGCCUGGAGCGCCGGGCCUCGCAGUCGACACUGCAGCUGCAGCUGGCACCGAGCAUCGAGCACCAGAGCGCAGCCAUGCUGAGCAUCCUGGAGCGCUACAAGUGGCAUCAGUUCUCAGUGGUCACCUCACAAAUAGCCGGCCACGAUGACUUUGUACAGGCGGUGCGCGAGCGUGUGGCCGAGAUGCAGGACCACUUCAAAUUCACGAUCCUCAAUUCGAUUGUGGUCACGCGGACCAGUGAUCUCAUGGAGCUGGUUAACAGCGAGGCACGCGUUAUGCUCCUCUAUGCCACACAGACGGAGGCCAUCACCAUCCUGCGUGCCGCCGAGGAGAUGAAGCUCACCGGCGAGAAUUACGUGUGGGUUGUUAGCCAGUCAGUGAUCGAAAAGAAGGAUGCCCACUCCCAGUUUCCGGUUGGCAUGCUGGGCGUUCACUUUGACACCUCCAGUGCGGCCCUAAUGAACGAGAUCUCCAAUGCCAUCAAGAUCUAUAGCUAUGGGGUCGAGGCCUAUCUCACGGAUCCGGCCAAUCGGGAUCGUCGCCUCACCACACAGUCCCUGUCCUGUGAGGACGAGGGACGCGGCCGCUGGGAUAAUGGCGAAAUCUUCUUUAAGUACUUGCGCAACGUCUCCAUUGAGGGGGAUCUGAAUAAGCCGAACAUUGAGUUCACGGCGGAUGGGGACUUGAAGUCUGCCGAGCUGAAGAUCAUGAAUCUGCGGCCCAGUGCCAAUAAUAAGAAUCUCGUUUGGGAGGAGAUUGGAGUGUGGAAGUCGUGGGAGACACAGAAGCUGGACAUACGCGACAUCGCGUGGCCAGGUAACUCGCACGCACCGCCCCAAGGCGUGCCCGAGAAGUUCCAUUUAAAGAUAACAUUCCUCGAAGAGGCACCCUAUAUCAAUCUGUCGCCCGCGGAUCCAGUGAGUGGCAAGUGCCUGAUGGACCGCGGUGUGCUCUGCCGUGUGGCGGCAGACCACGAGAUGGCCGCCGAUAUCGACGUGGGCCAGGCACACCGCAACGAGUCCUUUUACCAAUGCUGCAGCGGCUUCUGCAUCGAUCUGCUCGAGAAAUUUGCGGAAGAGCUGGGCUUCACCUACGAGCUGGUGCGGGUCGAAGAUGGUAAAUGGGGUACACUUGAGAAUGGAAAAUGGAACGGGCUGAUCGCCGAUCUGGUCAACCGCAAGACGGACAUGGUCCUCACCUCGCUCAUGAUCAACACGGAACGUGAGGCGGUUGUUGACUUCAGUGAGCCAUUCAUGGAGACGGGCAUCGCCAUUGUGGUGGCCAAGCGGACGGGCAUUAUAUCGCCCACGGCCUUCCUUGAGCCCUUCGAUACGGCCUCGUGGAUGCUGGUGGGUAUCGUGGCCAUCCAGGCAGCCACCUUCAUGAUCUUCCUGUUCGAGUGGCUCUCGCCCAGCGGCUACGACAUGAAGCUCUAUCUGCAGAACACCAACGUAACCCCUUACCGCUUCUCCCUGUUCCGCACGUACUGGCUCGUCUGGGCCGUACUCUUCCAAGCGGCUGUCCAUGUGGACUCACCGCGCGGCUUCACCUCUCGCUUCAUGACCAACGUGUGGGCCCUCUUCGCUGUGGUCUUUCUUGCCAUAUACACUGCCAACCUUGCAGCCUUCAUGAUAACCAGGGAAGAGUUCCACGAGUUUAGCGGCCUCAACGACAGCCGCCUGGUGCAUCCGACCUCGCACAAGCCCUCGUUCAAGUUCGGCACGAUACCCUACAGCCACACGGACUCGACCAUCCACAAGUAUUUUGGGAAUAUGCAUCUCUACAUGAAGAACUAUAAUAAAACGAGCGUGGCCGAUGGCGUGGCUGCCGUGCUCAAUGGCAACCUGGACUCUUUCAUCUAUGAUGGGACGGUGCUCGACUAUCUGGUGGCCCAGGACGAGGACUGCCGCCUGAUGACCGUCGGCAGCUGGUAUGCCAUGACGGGGUACGGCCUGGCAUUUAGCCGCAACUCCAAGUACGUGCAGAUGUUUAACAAGCGGCUGCUCGAGUUCCGGGCAAACGGGGACCUGGAGCGGCUGAGACGCUACUGGAUGACGGGCACGUGUAGACCGGGCAAGCAGGAGCAUAAGUCCUCGGAUCCGCUGGCCCUGGAGCAGUUCUUGUCCGCUUUUCUGCUUCUGAUGGCCGGCAUUCUGCUGGCCGCGCUGCUCCUGCUGCUCGAGCAUGUCUACUUCAAGUACAUACGAACGCGGCUAGCCAAGAAGGAUGGGGGCCACUGCUGUGCCCUCAUCUCGCUCUCCAUGGGCAAGUCGCUGACCUUUCGGGGCGCCGUCUUCGAGGCCACCGAGAUCCUCAAGAAGCAUCGCUGCAAUGAUCCCAUCUGCGACACGCACUUGUGGAAGGUCAAGCACGAGCUGGACAUGUCACGGCUGCGAGUGCGCCAGCUGGAGAAGGUUAUGGACAAGCACGGCAUCAAGGCGCCGCAGCUGAGGCUGGCUUCGUCAUCGGAUCUGCUGAACCAUCAUCAUCUGAAGGAGCGACCGCCGCUGCUGGGAAACCUUAGUUUGGCUGCCAGCGCCCAAGAUCUAUACAGGUCGUACAAGACGGAGAUCGCCGAGAUGGAGACGGUGCUCUGAAGCGUU